AGUUUUGUGUAAGCGUACAAACUUAGAUUAGCUACCUCCAGUAAACAUUUUAAAAGUAUCUUUUUUAUAUUACAAUAAUAUUAUAAAGUUCACUUUAUAUGAAAUAUGUGUAUAAAACCAAAAUAUUAUUCUUAAUCAAAAUAUUAUUAGUCUUAAUAUUUUAUAAAUAAUGUCUCAUCGUAAAGGGCUUUAUUAACUUAUCAGGAGGAAAAUCAACAAAGCAGACGAUAUCUCUCAUAUCAUAAGUAUCUAUUGUGCGUGUAGCUCUAUCCAACUGUCCUACUAUUUGUAGGUAUUUAUUUUACAUUAGCUGUACCCGUGACUCCGCGUUCGACAAUUUUUUUAGUCUGUAGCUAUUUCCUCGCUCUCUCUAAGAAGCGCAUUACAAUAGUUAUUUACGAUACAAGUACAGAAAAUAUGAAAUUCGUAACGAGUGGUGCUAAAUUAAAACACCACCGAAGGGAGUGUUUUAAAUCGACACGAGUUACGAAUUACCUAUUCGCAGCGCACGUGUAUCGUACAACGUUUUACAGUACAUACGGUCCUUUAAAGUUUCGCCAUAUGCACGGAAAGUGCUCAUUCCCACACGGGUUGGGGAAAGUAGCACCAUAUGUACUGUACAAUGGUAAGUAGUUGUGUAGGUACCCAUCCUAAAGUUGCUUAAGUUUUCUGAAUGUCAAAUGAUAUCAAUACCUUCAUACACUGUCAACUUACUGUUUACUGUUGCUACAGUAUAAAGUGAUUCUAGUUUAGUACAUAUUUGCAAUUUUUAAAAUUACCACAGUUUUGAAGUUACCCCAACACAUCUUACAGCAGUUUUACCGUGAAAAUAUACCUACAGUCAGACAGGGGGACACGUAACUAACCAUUUUUGCAUAAUAUUAGAGAGAUUCAAAUUAUCAAUCCCGUUGUCAAUCUCCUUUUCUCAAUAUUAUCUCUCAAGAUCACGAAUAUCACGAUCAGCAUUCCAACGAUACCGAUAAGUGUCUUGUCGAUAUGUCUUUCAACAUCUUUGUCCAGUAGCACUCGAGCUAAAUCACGUGAAGCUCGUCGAAAUAAUGACAGUUCUGCCUGUAACAAGUGAGAAUGGAAAUCAAGUACGUAGAAAACUGAAGAAAUGUUCCAAAGAUCUGUGUGGUGUAAAGACAGUGAAGAAAAGACUACCUAUAACGGAAUGGCUACCCGAAUACAAUCUGACGAAACUGAUCCAAGAUAUAAUUGCUGGAAUCACAGUAGGACUGACAGCUAUUCCUCAAGGCAUUGCAUAUGCCGUCGUAGCUGGUCUGUCUCCUGAAUAUGGUCUUUAUGCAGGAUUAAUGGGAGGAUUUGUCUACUUAUUCUUCGGAAGCUGCAAGGAUGUUACUGUUGGACCUACAGCCAUCAUGUCUGCAAUGGUAUCAAAAUAUGUCUCCGGCUAUUCAGCAGACUUCGCUGUUCUGGCAGCUUUCGUAUCUGGACUGGUGGAGCUUGGUAUGGGGAUACUGCAACUUGGAUUUAUGGUGGAAUUUAUAUCAAUGCCAGUCAUUAGCGGAUUUACAACCGCCGCAGCUUUACAAAUAGCUGCAGGCCAAUUAAAAUCGAUAUUCGGCCUCGACGGAAAAUCUGGAAAUUACUUUGCAGAGUCAGUGUACAAUUUUGUAUACAAUUUUAAAAGUAUGAAAGUAUGGGAUCCGAUUCUUGGAUUUUCAACAAUCGGUAUACUUUUGGUUUUGAAGAAUAUUGGACAAGGGUGCAGCCGUACUGACGGCUUAACAAAGCAACUUCGGUGGUUUGUUUCACUCGGUAGAAAUGCUGUGGUUGUUAUAAUAGGUAUGAUUAUAGCAUAUUUACUAAAAAUAUCGACAGGUACUGAGCCUCUUAUUCUUAUUGGUGAUAUUGGGAGUGGACUACCGAAAAUAGAACCUCCUCCUUUCAGUACAACCGUAGGUAACGAAACUUAUACAUUUAGUGACAUGAUGUCAGUCCUGGGACCUCAAUCUCUAGUGUUACCCUUAGUAGCUAUUUUGGAAUCCGUGGCAAUUGCAAAGGCUUUUGCAGGAGGCAAACCAGUGGAUGCCACUCAAGAAAUGAUGGCAUUAGGAAUGUGCAAUAUAGUUGGUUCAUUUACUAAAAGCAUGCCUAUAACUGGCUCAUUUACACGAACAGCUAUAAAUAAUGCUUCAGGAGUACAAACCCCGGCAGGUGGUGUCUUUACUGGUUUUUUAAUAUUAUUAGCUUUGAGCUUAUUGACGUCUACGUUUUAUUUUAUACCUAAAGCAUCGUUGGCUGGUUUGAUUAUAACAGCAAUGUUUUCUAUGAUAGAUUUCGAUAUAUUUGGAAGAUUAUGGAGGAACAGCAAAAUUGAAUUAUUGUUAAUACUUAUUACAAUGGCAUUUUCUUUAUCAAUCGGAUUAGAAUACGGGAUUGUUGCUGGAAUAGUUGUUAACGCUGCGAUAUUAUUAUAUACAGUUUCACAACCAUCUGUGGAAAUAACUACAAUAUUAUGCGAAGAAGGAGAAUAUUUAUCAAUACUUUUACCUGAUAAAUUGCCAUAUUGUGCGGCUGACCAUGUUCGGAAAAAAGUAUUACAUGCAUCUCAAAAUGUAAGAAAUGCAGCAAUUGUUAUAAAUGGAUCAAAUGUCAAAAAAAUGGACUCCACCGUGGCUUCAAACCUCAUGUCUGUGAUUCAAGAUUUGGAUAAAACUGGCCGAAAAGUUAUCUUUUUAAACUUUUCCAAUAGUAUAGUUAACUUAUGUCUUGACAUUAAUCCUAAAUAUACUGACAGGUUUGUUAUUGCCUGUAACUCUGAAGAUGUUUUAAUAAAACCAUAAGAUCUUAUACUCUUAGUUUCGCAUGUUGUAUUACAUAUAAUGUAAGUUAUUUUGACGGAUUACUGUUUUAAAUGAUGAUUAACAAAUAAUUAUGAUCGACCAAUAAAUUUAACAACACUAAAA